AUGCCUAAUAGAUGUGUAGCUGGUGGUUGUUCUAAUGGUCCUGACCCUUCACAAAAUAUCGGUUUUUAUAAAUUUCCCGAAGAUAACGAUUUAGAGAAGAAAAGACGACGACUUUGGGUUGCAUUUGUGGGGACAAAACGUGCAAAAUGGUCGCCAACAGCAAACUCUCGGCUUUGUUCACAGCACUUUCAAACCGAAGAUUUUGAAAGUCCAUUUGUGACUAUACCUGGAACGGAUUUCGUUAGUCGAUCAGUAUUACGAAAAGGUUAUUUACGACAAACAUGACCAAAGCCAAGACAGUGUCGAUCCGACUCAUUCAAGUUCAACAAGAAAGCAUCGCCGUGUAAGUACAAUAUUUUUAUUCACUCCGCUUUAUUCAUUCACGCAUUCUGUAUAGUCAACUCACAAACAUGCCCUUCUCGUUUGGAUAGGCUGUUAGAGAACUACUAAAAGAAAAUGUUGCCAAAACCAGUGAGGCGGAAGCUAGUACCCCAACAACAUCCACUACUGAUGAGUUCGUGUUGGAGCCUGGGUUGGUCGAUGAUCAAAUGGUUACAUCUGACAGCCUUUAUCUCGUCCAACAACCUUUAUCUGUAAGUUGAACGAUUCAAAUUUGCAAAUUUACCAUUAGAAAUAUGUUUGCUGAAAAUAUAUCACAAAUUUUUCAAUUAUAAUUUUCUAGACCGAAGAGGCUUCCUGCCAAACACCAGAGUGUUUAGGUUGUAAGAAAUUGAAAAGCCAAAACCGCCAACUUUGCAAUAAGAUUAUUGAUCUUAAACUAAAAAUCCAAGACAAGGAGGCUGCAAUACAAAAACAAAAAGGUGAGAAUACCUCAACAUCAAAAGCACAACAAUUUGUAGUGCUCUAUACUAUAGUUAGCAUCUUCUACUACAGAGAGUAUAGAUGAGAGUAUGGCCAAAGUAGCUGCUAUGGAGGAGAAAUUAGAAGACGAAACCUUUGUAAACAGUGAUGAAGAGAUGGACAUUGAAGAGAAGCCUGACUAUUCAGAAGUUUCGUCUCCUGAACCUAGCUUGGCUUCUGUUACUGAAUCGGCUCCAGAAGCAGAUUUGUCAGAAUCAGACUUGUUUUCAGAUGAUGAAGAACCACUAGUUAUAAAGUACGUUUAACUCAUUAAAUGGCAGCACGCCUCCCUAGCUUGAAAAGCAAAAUCAUCUGGCGUUAGACAGAGUUAAAAAAUAAAGUAGGGCACAUCAGUGUACAUACAUCAAGGCUUUCCAUCAGGACAUUAAAACAUUGUGCACAUAAUAAAACGUUAACAUAUUAAUAAAAUGUCAAGUAGCAAGAAGGAGUAUCUGUUGUGGGAAUGUAAAAUCUAUCCCAUGAAAAUCACAAACUUAAUCAUCUCCUCCCGCCAAGGAAAAGUCAAGUAGCUAGAAGGAAAACAAGAUCCAAUAAAGAUUGUUCUCACAAUUUUUAUAGUAAAACUAGCAGAUUUAAGAACAGCCCAAUUUUAUAUUCUGUAAAUAUUUUUAAUGAUAGUCAGAAGUGGGAAAUCUAAACAUUUUUAAUUACUAGUAAAAAAAACUUAUUGUAAUAGGAUAUUUAUCACUUUGUAAAUUGCAUAGAAAUUUAGCCUUGGUUAUAUUGUGUGUAAUUUAUUCCCAGUAUUAAUAAUAAUUAUAGUAUAAUUUAGAACUGUUGAGCAUGUUCUAGUCUUGAAUUAUGUUUAUUAGUAGAUAUAUUUUGUUGUUCUCAUUGUUAUAGGACUCUAGAUAAUUCAGAAAACUUACGAACCGAGCCAAAGUUCAUUGUGUUCUUGUCUCAACUACUGCUCCUAUUCAACGUAUGUCCAGCUUGUAAAUCAGAGAAGCCCUUUAAAUUUAUUGAAACGAGUGUUCUUGGUGUUAUGGUGAAAAUAACAACAAAGUGCUUUAACCCUGACUGUUCAUCUCCCGAGAAUACCUGGAAAAAUCAGCCAAUCAUGACAGCAAAAAAAAUGCCAGCAAUGGACUUCCUGCUCUGUUUUUCAGUCCUGGUGUCUGGUGCUUCACCAUCCAAAAUAUUUCUAGUUUUCAAGAAUAUUGGAUUAUCUUGCAAUUCCUUGAAGACUUACUUCAAACAUCAGGCUGUGAGUAUAUGGCUAUAUGCAGAUGGGGAACUACUUCAUGUAUGCCAAUUUUUAGGUCCUAACACAGGGUCAGGGUGUGUGUACAUGAACUACUGGCUUUAGUAACACAUAUAAUGUAACUGAAUGACACAUUUUUUUUAACUAUUUCCUUAGAGCAAACUCUUCCCCACUGUGCAUUUGUACUGGACAAAAUACCAAGAAAAAAUGAUGGCCAAGCUGAAAGCAACAGGAAAAUCCCUAGUAAUUGCUGGUGAUGGCAAGCAUGACAGCAUUGGUCACAGUGCGAAAUACUUUGCCUACACAUUGUUCUGUUUCACAGUUCCCCUCAACAUUAAUUUAUCCUUGGUUCAGAUAGGCAUAGACACCCACAUUUACGUACUUACUGUAGCGUUUUCAAGUGGAAAAUAA